AUGUUUAUCGAUACAUCACCGAUCGAACAGACUCAACGAACUGCAAAGUUGGAGGCCAGGCAAGAGCGGAGAGAGCUCAUACGAGCUAAGGCGCGGGAGGUGCGACUGGAACUGCUGGCGUUGGAGCAGCUGGAGAAAGAUAUGGAUUCGGAACUGGACGACGCGGGUGGCUCGUAUGACGAUCUGGAUCAGCUAUUCUCGCCGGGAGGCUCGCCUGUUGGUUCUCUGCCCUCUCCAGCCUUCGCGUUUCAUGGAUCAAAUGCAGUCCUGGAACCAACCUCCGGUCUGGUGAGGCAUCCACCACAGUCACCACACCCCGAUUCGAUCGACGGUGGGGGCUCGCAGCAGUUUCAAGGAUUUCAGCAGCGGAUACCCUCAACAGUCGCGCGCGGUGUUCCCUUACGGUCAACUUUGGGUUCCGGUGCCACCCAUGGAGUGUCACCCGUGUCCAAGCUAGCAGUCAGAGCAGGGACUCGACCUGGAUCAGGAACGGUCACGUCGACCCCUUCGCCGACAUCACCGCAUUCAUCACCAUCACCCCCCAUCAGCCCGCUCUCAGAGUCAUACACCGUGGAAGGUGUGAUCGCAGAGCGGGAUCGUAACACGAUCAGUGCUUCGACAAAAGCUCAACAAACAAGGAAGAUUAUGGGAUGGAGACCACACGUCGGCGUGCAAGAUGUAUGGGACAAUCAUUCUUCUCAGGCUGAGGAGGAUGAGGAUGAUGGCUUGCAUGGAUAUCUGCAUGGAUUUGAAGAAGAUCUCAGGGACAUUACCCUCUCGGACAUGAUGGCAAGGAAUCUCAACUUGCUGAGCGAGAGCGACGACCUUGAUGUUGACAGCAACUCUAUCGAGCAGGAACCAAGGCACCAGAGUGACCACGACAAUGAACAGAUCUAUGACGAAGUCAACAUGACCAUGGCUGACAGGACCUGCAUCUUCAUGUCAAACUUGGAGCACGAUUAUGACCUACAGGCAGCUGCAGGACAUGGAAUCCCUUCGUUGCUGUCGGAGACCCUCCCCGAAAACGAUUACGACUUUUCGUUCAUGAGUGACACAGAAAUGCCAGAUCGCUACACCCCAAUCGCACCAAGGUCGACACUUCUCCCGUCUCAACGGAACAACCGAGAUCCUCUGUGGAUGCAAACACGUCAUUCGUCAUCAUUGGCUCUGUCCCAACCCGCUGCAAAGGAGCCCAUCCUCGACGAAAUCUUGAAAUCGCUUCCACCACUACCUCAGUCGCCAGAGUCUAGACGGUCAUUCCAAUCACCUACAGCAACGACAGCCAAGGAGGCUAUGAUGGAAGAGUUCCUGCGGUCACUUCCACCUCUGCCCCGCUCCCCGGAAUAUCAGAGACCAUUCCCACCUCCAGCACUCGAGACAAAUCCUGUUGGGGACCUGGUCUCACUUCCACCGUUGCCUCAGUCCCCCAAAAUUCACCAGCCAAUUGCAGAUAAUAGCACAGCAGGUGCAAUGGACGACUCUUUGCAAGCGGAUCAGGUCGGAUCCGGUCGCACUCUUCCAGUUCUUGCACCAAUCGUUACUUCGAAGGAGCACUGUCUACAGAUCCUGCAGCGCCGAAAGAGAAACAGUGACCAGCGACGACACAUGACUCCUCACCCAACAACCCGCUCCCAGUCUCCUCAGUCGUUGGCCACGCCUGUGACAGGAUCCCCGCAUUCCGAGUUUUCGACACCACGACCCCGCGACGACAUCUCUUCGGAGCUGAGCACACCCACCUCUACUUAUAUGUCUGCAAUGGAAGACUUUUCUUUCUCAUCGACCAAUACCCAAGGACAUCUGCGAGAUAACGAUGGUCUGAAGAUGAGUCUACCAAAACGCAGCAGUGGGUCUGCCAUGAACAUGCCCAGUGAGCUUAUUCAGCCGCCACCAGCCCCCGCCCAGGAGAGCAGGAGAGCCAGGAUUGAGGUGACAGAGGCAAUUCUUAGUGGAACCCCACGUGUACGCCACCAGCCUUUGGACAUGAUCAUCAUCCGCCCUACCCGAUCGCAUUCUGGUUUCCUGCACAAGGAUCCUUCGUCCCAUCCGGGAAGUGAAAGCUCGUCUCCUUGGCCGCCAUUAUCUCCGACGCAAUCCAUCGACUCGAGACAGUCGGAUGGUACGGUAGGCUCGUCAUGGUCGUGGUCGUAUCCGCCAUCUCUUGAGUCGAAUGCUGGCUCUGUUGGAUCGGGAUCUGCGGAUGGGUUGCAGGUGUACGCCGGUGCUGAAGGAAAGGGUUCGAGUUGGGGAGGACGUCCUAACAACUUGACGUGCUUGUCGAUGGGUAUCAAAAUCAAGUCUCGGAGCAUGUCGUCAUUGACCAAGCAGCAGCAUGGUUGGUUGAGCUUCCAGGCACUGGAUGUUCGGAUGGUCGCGUCUGGUCGGUGUCAUAUUGUCGUUGUUACACGGACGAAUCAAGUGUACUCUUGCUGGGAGACCAAUACUGACGAGCUGUCGGAUUCUAGACUGCCAUCGACGCGGGGUGCCAGCGAUCGCGAUAUCGAGACUGCGUUGGGAAGGAGUGUCAGUGCGGACAAUGGAGCAGGAUACGUUCAGGAUACGGCUCUUCAUCCUGUCCUUGUUGAGAUCGAUGGAAUGACCGCGCUGGAGUCACCUAUCGUUAAGGUUGUGUGCUCGGACAGUGCUACCUUCUUGUUGACAGAGGCCGGCGACUUGUGGGGAUGGGGUUGUUUCGAGGACCUGACUGGUAACAAGAUCGGACUGCUCCAUGAAAAGUCUGCUGCUCGACCUAUCCAGAUCUGUUCACACAGGCAGAGAAUCAAGGAUGUGGUCUGUGGCAAGAACCAUGUUUUGAUCCUCAGUGCCGCCGGUGAAGUCAUUUCAUGGGGCUCCAACGAGUACGGCCAACUCGCGCGACUGCGUACACCUUCUCGCUCGCCAUUACUCGGAGGUGAGGCGAUCUUUGACCUUUCACCUCACUUUGUCGAAAACAUGCCAGUCAACAUUCUCGGAAUCGGGGCCAGCAAGACUGGAUCGUUUGCUUGGGAUCAAGAUCAGCUGUAUGCGUGGGGGGACAAUACCUUUGGUCAGCUUGGGUACGAAUCGACGAUGAGCUCGACGUCUCGAUGGAAGCAGUCUAUCAGCAGCACUGGGACCCGCGACGGACGGGUGAUUGUGGGUGCUCCAAGAUCGGUCGCGUUGCACUGGAAGGGGAGGUCGAUCAAGCAGGUGUUUGGAGGAAUGAGGCAUACAGUGAUCCUGUCAAGCUCAGGAUUGAUCAUCACGAUGGGGGAUGACGAAUUCGGACAGUUAGGCGCUACUUCUCGAUCGAAACUGUCUGCUUCGUCUCUAGGUUCCGGGUCGGCAUCCCCUUUGCAUCCAAGCCAGAGUCAUGAUCUCGGACAUUCACCUCUUUCAUCUACCAACAGCUCGGUUAUGAUGAACUUUGAUGAUCACAUGUCACCAUCCAUGGAUGCCAGUGGCGCCGGUAUCUCGCCUUUGGGGUCACCAAGACUCAGGCCUCGCCGUUUGAACCCGACACUGGUCAGGGUCGGUCCUAGAGUCAAGGAGAUUAGUUGCGGUGACUUUCAUACAGUGAUAUGCUGUGAGAACGGACAGAUAUAUGCCUGGGGUCAAGGAUUUGAUGGCGUUCUUGCGAUUCACAACGUCUACAGCGGCAACCAGCUACAACAACCGCAGCGAGGAGGGGUUCUCUCAUUGGAGGUCAUGGCUGGUGGCAGCAUGUCACCGAGGAUGAUUCAUUCCGACUUAUCUUUGUCCCGGGAAAAGACGCGCAAAGUGGUCUCUGUGUCAACGAUGCGAUAUGGCGUAUCGCUUGCCCUGGUUUCUAGUGCAUAG